UGACAUGAUAAACCCAGGCGUGUGCUUGAGUCGUGUGGAGUUUCAUGUGCUUGGAAUAGUAAAUCUGAACAGUAAGCAGGUUGGGAGGCGCAAAAGAGCUCAAGGGGAAUUCAUUUGCAACACAACUACAUUACAUUUUAAAAGGAGAGUAGCUGGCCAUGGCCCUGCACAGCUGGAGCGGUCCCCAGUUGCCUCCGGAGAUGUACCUGAAGAUAUUCCGAUGCCUCACACAUGAAGAGAAGGGGAGUGUGCGCUCCACGUGCCGGCUCUUCAAGCAGCUGAUAGACCAGCCUGCCUGCUGGCGGGACACCACGGUUAUCCUGAAAGGAAGCGUCGCGUACAGCCCAGGGUUUUGGGAGAUGCUGAAGAAGAGAAGGACGUGCUCCGUGCUGGUCCGCAAGGCGAGAGCGAAUCACUUGAGGAAGCUGCUUUGGUCGCUGCCCAGUCUCAGAGCUCUUGCAAUAGAUCCCAUCUCCGACGCGGGAAUCCUUGACUUGUUGACAGAGUUCAGGAAUGUGGAGAAGCUGGUUUUGAAAGUGGAUUUGAACACUCCUGCCAAGCUGUUCAUAGUCCACCACCUGAAUCACCUCACUCACCUCACUGUGUGCGACCUGAAGAGGCACUGCAGAGAAAACCAGCUGCUACGUGGGGUGUCUGCGCUCACAAACCUGCGCUCGCUGACCCUUCACUGUGACUGGGGGGAACCCGCUGUCAAACUGUUCCGCUUUGUUUUAUUCCAAUUGCCCAGUCUCAGGGAGCUCUCUGUCAAAGUGAACCCUUUUUACACGGCGCUGCAACCAGAUAGCUUUUCUCCACUGACCGGGGAGCAAUGCAACCGAAUAGGCCUUCCACACAGCUGUGUGUCUCGGCUUCAGCUGGAGAAGCUGGAGCUUCUCGACUGCGAGGACAUAGACCUGUGUGAAGAGUCCUUGAAUCAGCUGUCAUCCCUGCGCCGCCUGUUCGUUCACUUCACCUGUGGCGAGAGAGCGAGGCACUUCUCAAUUGAUCUGGAUUCUGUGCUCAGAAAGCUUCCACACCUGACAGAGCUGCGGCAGAAAAGGGGUAGGCUCAUCUGCAAAGCCCUGCCAGCCCACCUGGAAAGCCUGAGUCUGAACAGCGUGUUCAUGAAUCCUACGGUUUUGAAGAUGUUGGCAUCAGCAGAACUCAAACACCUCCGGCUUGACCACUGCACUUCUAAUAUUGAGAGCCUCAACGACUUCCCACAGCUGUUUCCACACCUGAAGACUCUCAGUAUCCGAUGCUUCCAUAUGACGGGUAAUGAAUUUGUGCACUUGGCUAAGCUCAGGUAUCUGGAGAAGCUGGAUAUUGUUGAUGUCAGCAGCGUCCCCUCCAUCACUAGACAGCAGCUGGAGGAGUUGAUCCGCGGCUUUCGGAUCACGAUGGAUAACAGGGUCCAGAUAGUGCAGCACCCAGAGCCACAGGAGAGAGCCGCCUGUGACUGCAGCGCACACUAGAGGACCUGCUUCUUUACAUCUCACCUGGCCAUGGAUAUGUAUAUAAUACCUGCCGCAAAGGGGAUGCUUUGAUAAACCCACUGAGAUGAGCCACAGCCGGAUUUUAAUGGGAUCAUUCUACUGCACGAUCCCCUGGAUUGCAUCCCCCUCCUAUCCCUGAUUAUCCUGGGACCACCCCUAAAUACAUCUACCCCGAUACUGUAAACUGCUCUUAUACAAUCCAGGGAGGGGUCAUCCCAGUGGUGUACAGGUUCAUCAAAUUGAACCCAGAGUUAUUAUGGGGUAACUCAUAACUAGGGUUGCGACUGGGGCUUAUUAUCGAGUGAAAAAGGGACGAAGCCAUGCUGCAGUGAUGUGAAAUCUGCUUAAUAAUGAUCACUACUUUCCCCUGUGUUGCAGAGUUUAGUGCAUUCAGAUGCAGUUCUUUUGUCCGGCUAAUACAGCCUUACGCAGUUCAGCCUUCGGUGCACUUCACUGUAUCGAAUCGCAGAGCGGUUCAUGGAGUUUGUCUGGAUUUCCCAAAGGUAGCUUAGGCUGAAGGGGGACCCUUGCCACUGUGACAUCAGAACCCUGAUUCGAGGUGAUUGCCUUCAGGUUCCUCCUGAGCAGCACUGCCAGGGUCAGCUACCAAGGGAGUUACUGCUGUUAAAAAUACAGACAUGUAUUGACCUUUUCAGUGUUUUGCUUUCCUUCCAUUUCACUGUUUUAGAGCUGGACAUUCUGUCUCAGUGUUCCGCAGUGGGCGUGUCCUGCAGUGGAGCUUCCUGAUUGGUUUAUGAAAGAUCUGAGGUUUCUAAUCGCAAGCGAUACCUUUGUUACACUGAUAAAUCAUCAUCAGACUAAUGGCAAGGUUUUUGUGGUUAUAAAAGCCUCUUGCUUGUCCGAUAUUGAUGUACUUCACCAGUGUUACAAGCCUUGCAUUUUUAUUGAGAGACCCAACAGCAGGAUGUUAAUAUCUUCAAUCUUUGUUACUGCUCAGGAAGCUGCAGAAAUAUUUUGCCAGGUUAAGGAAACUGCUGUAUGUAAUUCCUGUUUGUACUGUAAAUAUAUACAUUGACAAACAUUUACAUUCAUAACUAUUUAAACAUGUUCUAAUAAUUCAAAUCAGUUUCUGUUCUACAGUAUAUAUGCUCAAGAGUGCCAUGCAUUUUUAAACACCUUUUUUUUUGCUGUAUAUAAUGCAACUGAGAGUGAGUUUUCUUGAAACCAUCUGAUUAGACUGCAGACCUUGAUGAUCAUCAGCACAGCUUUUUAAAGUUUGAACUGUAGUUUCUUCCAGACUGAUCUGCAAGCAUGCAGUACUGUUCCCCUGGGAGAUUAUAAUCUACACAGGAUGAAACUUGUCAAUUAAAGAGAGCGUUGAAUUAAGCAAACCAGAUUGACUGAACAGGGCUUCUCUAGACAAGCGCCUCCCUGUUCAAGGGCCCACUCCCGCUCUGGGUUUUGCUGGCUGGGUUGAGUAAGGGACUGUAAAUGCAGGUCAACAACCACUGGGUGCCAGUAAAGCACAGAGGCAAAGCGCAGCACUUUGAAGUAGAUGCUUGAAUGAAAUGGAAUGCACACUGCACAGCACGGUCUGGUGGUAUUGUAAAGCCACUGCUACUGUUCCUUUGUCUUGAGCAAAUGCAGGUUAAUAAUAGCAUCGGUGUUACAGGAACUGGUGCUCUGAUUGCUAUACUGGCAUUGUUGUGUGCUAAGCUGCACUCGUAUGUAGAGUAUGUAGACAACCACCAAAGAGCCCUCGAUGGCUGUGAGAUUGUAUUGAGCUUGUUCUGAAAUAUGGGACCUCAAGCCGUGUAUUGCAGGAGAGGGCAGGGGGGUGUCAGUCUAUUGCAGGAGAGGGCAGGGGGGUUUAUAAUCAGUAGUAAUAAUACCCUGACUGCACCUGAGCCUAAUGUGCUUAACUGACAGACGCCUACACAAGACUAGAUGGGACCUUAUUACCAGGAACACGUUAACUUGUAUGGCUGGUUUCACAGACCCAGAUUAGCACUAAUCUUGGUUUACCUUACCUAAUUAACAUUUGAUAGUCCAAGACUAGUGCUAAUCAGGGUCUGUGAAACAGCCAAUAGUGUGGUGGCAGCAGGUGAAUGGAGGAGGAUCAAUACUUGCAUCAAAACUAAUGGGGUAGGUUUGCUAAGCUUUUCCUCCACCAGACUAUGCAUUCUAUUGCAGGAGAAUCUCAACAUAUCCACCAAAUGCUAACCAAUGUCUUUUCAAUCCAUUUCCUUACCCUUUCAUACCUGAUUAUUAAUGUCAUCACUGGCCCCCCGUUGUAUUGUGCAGAGAGUCUUUUAGAGAUUAAGUUUAUUUCUAAAACUUUUUUAAUGCUGAUUGCAGCUUGACUGUCGUUCAGAUUGAACCUCCCCACUUGAAGUGCUUUGGUAUCAGAAAGCAGCAGGUUUUCCUAUACCAUGGCGUUGUCUUAGAAACAUCUGCAUAUUCCUGGGCAGUGACGAUUUUACUAGAGCUGAAUAGAAUCAGAUUCAUUUCAAAACACUCCUGUAAAUGCAACUUCAGCAACAAAAAACACUGAAGAAACUGCAAACAAUCAGUUUAUCAAAAACAACGAAAAGAACCCAAUGACCUCUGUUUCUCAAUGCUCCAGCACGCAGCCUUUGGUAAAGGGAGCCUCAUGAGUAAAGAUACUGAACCAGUAAGAAACAGCCGAGCCAGAGUCUUUCCGUUAACCUUGCGUGCCAGCUGGAGCUCCCAGAGUCGUCAGGGCAGUAAUUCCAACGCUUAAGAUUCCUGUGCUUUCUCCCUUUACCACAAGAUGCUCUGUUUCACGGGAAAUGUUAAAACCAUGCUAAAUAAAGUCUGUGGCAUAUGGGCAUGUCAUUCCAGCAGUGAAGUGCUGCACCCUUGGCAGAGCUCAGAGUGGUUUGGGAGGCUGGGGGCU